UCCUUUGUUGUAGCCACAGGUGUUACAAGUUUAGUUGAACAGUUUUUAUCACACAUUACUGAAUGAACAGCAAUAUUCUAGCAAUUGAUUUUCAACAACAAUGUUUUAGCCAACAACACAGUAAUUGAAGCUUUCAUUUACAACUUGGAAUUACAUCACUGCUGUAUCACACAUUUCGCUUUCUGUUCGAAUCCUGGCUCGACCAGGUUUUGCGCCCUGAGUCGAGCCAGUGAAGACUGCGUUGCAAAGUUUGGCACUUUAUACGAAAGCAGAUCUGCCCGGUUCGAUGAUACAAACGGUUAUGGGUGAUGUUUUCUAGGUGUACGGGGUUUAUAUACGUUUAACUCUACGCAACGCACACCCCUCCACUAUCAAAUGUGCAGUUAUUUCUCCUUGCGAUGGUACCGGCAUGGGAAAAAUGAUUUCACACCACCAUUAUCUUACUACCACCAUGGUGCAUACGCUCCUUGAAGCCCAGAUUUAAGACCCCUGUAAAACUUUUUUCUUUUUUUGUUUUGUGCAUCACAACAUUGAGAGCAUAUCACAACGUACCGAAACGUUUUUCUGCAUCAAAAGAAAACCAGGUGAGUAUUCUAUUCAUGCGUUCCGUUGCCCUUACCCAAUGCCGGGAUAAAGAAUAUGGUAAGGUAAAUGUCCUUUUAAGGGAGCUAAGAAUCCACGGUGUAGGGCCGAAUGAUGCGUUACGCAGUUGAUUUAGAAGGGGAAUAGUCCCGAAGGGUCUUUUUAUUUUUGAAAAAAUAUCAUACAAAAUCCUGGGAAAACUUUCCCCUACCUUAAUUGACACUGUGUCUUCAACUACGACGAAUGAUAGUACGUACUAGCAUAUCCUAUGUAUUAAAGUCAUACCCCAUAUGCUCGAUUAUAGUACAUGGUAGUCAAAUUAUACCGAAUAACAAAUAUAGAAGAAUAAAUAAUUUAUUUUACUUAUGUUAUUUUACACAGUACUUGCACAUUGGUACGUGAUUUAGAAACAUGAAUGUGCUAAAAUGGGCUUUGAUAGUUACGGGUGUUGCUCUAUAUUACUUGAUAUGUAGUGCUAGCAACCCCUCUUAUGUGACAGAACGGUACAAUCCCGGACUAGUUGAAGCAGUUGGAAGACAAUUGAACCAUCCGCAUUGUCCUUGCUUUCUUCCCUAGUUUUGUGAAUAUAAUGCAUAAGGGAACGAAAACCAGUCACGGUAGAUGUGUUGGUUUGUGGUGUUAUGGGAAAAGGUAAAUUUUAAGAAAUAGGGGUUGCAUACGGACCUCGGCUUGGCCAACUUUUCGGCAAUAGUAGGAAGGUAAAAAAACAACGGAUUAUGCACCCUAUAAGAAAUCAAAAAUGCGCCAAGGGUUUCAGCCAUUUCCUAGCUAUGCAUCUUCUGCACGCCGUUGGAGCGAAAAUUGCGUCGCAGCUGAAGUUGAGAAGACACAGAAAGGUAGCAGCCAGCUGUUAUAAUACUUAAGAAAAUCGAAAGCAUCUUGUAGCGAAAACAGUACACAAAUAGGACGAAAAGGAUGUCCUUUUGUGCUGUUCUAGCAGACAAUAGAACAAAUUGCAUUUAAAACCCGUUACAACGGCGCCCAAGAUACCGUUUCAUCCUCUGUUCUGGCAUUGUGAUAAGCGCCAGGUGAUACCGGUUACACGCAAAAUUAUCUAUUUGCGUGCCAUACUGUAAGCGUUGAUUGCUAUCGAUGUGUCCUACCUGUACAACCGACUAAUAGCAAUAACAAAACUAUCACAUUAUUUCUAUACAUUGCAGUAUUAUAUAAAUGGUUGUGCUUUUAUUAUUAUACACAUAUAAUUAAAAUGUGUAAAAUCUUGAUUUAAUUAGAAAGUUUAUGUUGCUGUUGACCGAUGUGUAUGAGUAAACAGAGCAUAUAAAAAACAAAACCAUCGAAAUCGAUUUCUGCUGCCAUUGAAAGGUUUCAUUCCAGGCAUGACUUGAGCGAUACGUCACUUCAGUUGUAAGUUUGACGAACUGUAGGCUAGUUUGGAAGCGAGUGCGCUACGUACAUUGUUCUUUAAUUAUAAUACGAUAGUUAACUGGAAAUUUAAUUGCUGUGUGAUUGUAACAACGUAAAAAAGUAAAACAGAGUUAAACCAUUUGUUUGAACCUAGACGAUCGUGAAAAUGGCAAAACAUACAAUUACGUCUUUAGCAUUUAAAAUAAUUAUUGGAGUAGCUAGUGUUAUGCUUAUGCUGCAUUAUGCACCCAUUUCUGAAAUACCUAGCAUGUAUGCAGUAGAGUGCUAUCAAAGCUAUCAUGUAUCGCACCACUCCAAAUUGUACGAUUUUGUGAUGAUGACAGAAACUGCAAAUAAGUGGAUGAAAUUCGUAACUUUCGUCGCUACAGACCACAAACCCAUUGGAAUCGGCAAAAUAUAUAAGACUGUAAUAGACACAAAUAUAUUUCUGCUUGCUGUUGUUGAGCACCAGCAAGGUCAAUAUGCUGCUUUGGAAACGAUGAGUAAAGAUAGCACACCGCAGUUUCGCAUUGAAAUACGCUUUACCAGUGAUCUUUAUGCACCAUGUCAAAAACGGCAACAAAGUGAUUUCGAUUCACGACGUUUAGAUCUAUUUUCAUUGCUGCGCGUCAAACGGUCUGAACCGUAUGAAGUUUUAAAGGAAAGUAAUUUAAACAACAUAACGGCGAUGGCAGAACACUGCGUUUCUUUCCAACAGCAAGCUGCUAGCUCUUCAAAUAGAAUCAAUACAAAUGGGUUAACAUUAAAAAUAUUGUUGUUACACGACUCAUUGCUAUUUCAGAACACCAUCGGAGCGUUGUAUCGAUACUCUUUGAGACGGCAUCUCAGACGGUCCUUGGCUAACCUGGCGUACGUAUUACCACACUUAGAGGAGCAUGGACGUACCUUAUCACCAUCUGCAUGCUUAAACCACUGA